AUGUAUCUGUCUUGGAAAAUCCUUAUCGCAGCAUUGAUUUCCACCACAGUGGCUGGAGUCAUUCCCACGAGCGACGGCACUCACUUGAACGAGGAAUCGGACCUCAUUACAAGCAGUCAGCAGGAUCUCGUUACUCAGGGAGCAGCACCCACAAACGAGGAAGUCACCAAGCUAGCCGUGGCUACGGCCCUUGUGGAACGAUCAAUCGAUGUCAUCGUUCGAGACCCUGAUGGAAGCGGUAUGACUAAUAUUACAAUGGAGUUGCUUGACAACAGAUCCCUCGAUUGGAUGUGGAAUAUCUCAGGGCUAAGCCGAAGGAUGAUAUUCUGUGUGAGCACCCUCCCCCUUUUCGAACCCCAGCAGAUGCAAUCGGGUAUGGCGGGCUAA